GCCAAGAACUGUCGGGGAAAGUAUGCGCAAUGUGGUGGCAAGAACUACAACGGAGAGACUUGUUGCAUUUAUGGCUGGGACUGCAUCUUCGUCAAUGACUUCUAUUCGCAGUGCAAGCCGAGCACUGCACCCACCACCACUGUACCGGUGGAUUGCUCAGCACCCGGAACCGAGCUCCGCGGCAAGUUUCAGCAGUGCGGAGGUCAGAGCUGGCAGGGCUCCAGGUGCUGUGAGGCUGGGCUGUUCUGCAAAUACGACAAUGACUUCUACUCUGACUGCCGACCUGUCGAGGGCAGCACGGAGGCUCCGACCACGGCACCCGCCACCACCACGGCAAGCGUCACUGAAACCACGAGUGUCAGCACGACGACUUUGGCUCCAAGCUCAACCACCGACGUGGGCAGCACAACAGCUGGCUCGACCAGCAUCGCACCGUGCCAGAAAGGCUACGCUCAAUGUGGCGGGAACAACCAUGAGGGAAGUACCUGCUGCGAAGCUGGCUUCGUCUGCAAAGCUGACAGUGAAUUCUACUCGCAGUGCUUGCCUAAUGUCACAACCAUGACAUCUACGUUGCCGGCAACGACAUCCUCUACCGGGACGAGCACGACCACCACGCCAAGCAGCUCCACCCAAGCGUCGACAGCUGCACCAACUACUACCCCAGCAGUGACCACAACGGCCACCACAGCCACCACGGCCACCACCGUCACGACGGCCACCACGCCCUCUCCGACCACAACUGCAGGAGGCCCUACCACCACCACGACGACAACCACAGUCGAGUGCCGAAAACGCUACAACCAGUGUGGUGGCAUAAACUACAAGGGAGUUACAUGCUGCGAGCCCGGAUGGUGGUGCGUCUACGGCGGACCGUACUACUCGCAAUGCAAGACCACCACCACUACGACACCGUAUGCCCCAGCGCCAGCGGAUGAACGUGCAGACGCCCAUUUUCUGAUGCAGGCCUCGUUCGGACCUACUCGUGCGAGCAUGGCCGAGAUUGAUGGUGUUGGCUACGAUGCGUGGAUUCGUGAGCAGAUGGAGCUCCCUGCGAGUCUGCACCGGGCCUUCUACCGGAAACGUGCCGCGCCGCAAACUUCGGCUGCCGAACGCGCCCGCGAGAAAUGCUCCGUCGGAUCCAGGUGGCGCAGCAAGGCACUGUCGGCGGCUGAUAUCGGCAAGAACAUCUCCGUACAGGGCGGCCAGCUUCGGGUGGCUGGGCACCUUCGAACAGAGCUGAGCAGCUCAUCGACGUGGGCCUCGUUCAGCUUUGAUGGCUACAUCUGUGAGGUGGGUGACAACGUCCUCCUCAGCCAGGAGGAUGAUUGCACCAACACGCAGUCCAGACAGGCCCCUCUGCCGUGGUCCAUCACGCCCACCCAAACGGGAGGGAGAGGAGUCGUCUUCGAGGUCAAGACACCUGGCACGCUCGUGCUGAAGGAAGUGCCAGCCGACUGCGACCUGACAGACGUCAUCGAGUCUGAUGCAGAGAGCGCAGGCACUCUCUACCUCCACGAGCCACGUGUAGCGCUUGUGGAGAACACCUUGGAGGCCCCAGCCACCUCAGAGAACUGGUUGGGCGGGCAGUGCCCCUCGGUGCCCCGCAGUUUCGUGAACGAGGCGAGUUGCAGGCUGCUUCCCGGAUGUGCUCCGCUGGAGAUGCGUGGUGUCCAACUGGAUCUCAACGUGAGCACGCUAGAGAAGUUCUUCCAGACCGGAGGACGCUAUGUAUAUGCUCUGACAGACCUGUUGGCUGUGGAUUCCCCCUGCAACCAGCUCUCUCGAUGGAAGCAGCUCGAUUGCGCGGCCGUGGACUGCACUGCUUCGGCACUGACCGGCAGCGACAUGGCCCUCGUCAGAUCGGCCCUGGCAGAGGAAGAAGGCUGGCUUCGGGACAUUAACGUGGGAUGCACCAGCGUUCCACAGAACUCCAUCGUCGAAGUCGAUGGCAAGUUCUUCCAGAACGUGCAUCCUCAGGAGCACAAUGUGUACGACUUCACCGAUUGGGUGUCCAAUCAUCCGGGUGGUCCGGACAAGAUCCUCCAGUGGACAGCGAGGGGCUUCAUCCUCAAGUACCCGGCCUCCCAUCCAAUGGGGCGAUGGAGCUCCCCCAUCGCGAAAGAAAAUAUCUGGUCAAACUUCGUGGGCCGCUUCGGGGACUCGAUGAGCUUCCUGAGUCUGCCGCAGACUCUGCAAACGUUUCCGCUGGCGACGGCCUUUGGUGCGCUUGAGAGCUUCGAUGGUUUUGCCGAAGUUUGCGGUUCGCCUGGAGAGGUGGCCAACGACCUGGCAGCGGGCCAUCAGUACUCCUUCCACGUUUCUGAGGACCACUUGGACACCGCCUUCGAUGUGGAUUACGACACACCAGCAGAGGUUCCCGACCUCGGCCGGGCCUCCAUCUGGACCAUGCUGGCCUUUGAGGCCCCGGAUCAGCUCCGCCAGCGCAUGGCGUGGGCGCUGGCCCAGAUUUUCGUCGUAGCGCCAGAUGAUGCCACUGCGCGUCACACCGAGAUGUAUGUGCACUUUUACGACAUCUUUGUGCGGCACGCAUUUGGGAACUUCGGGGACAUCCUGCGCGAGGUCACAUACAGUCCGGUCAUGGGCGACUACCUCACGUACAAGAGGAAUCGGGCCUUCGACAGUGAUGGUGCAUACCCAGACGAAAACUAUGCACGUGAGAUCAUGCAGCUCUUCACUAUUGGGCUUUGGCGCCUGAAUCCCGACGGCUCCCGGAUGCUGGACAGCGAGGGCAGCCCGAUCCCGACUUACAGCAACGAGGACAUCAUGAACUUCGCGCGGGUCUUCACCGGCUUUGACGAGCAGGGGGCGCGAGGCAACAUCGAGCACGUGGAGGGCAAG